UUCUGUUGCGCAUGCGCAGGAGAAAGUUCAGCUGGGUUUGCGGUGGGGAAAUCCCAGCUUAUCCUCCCAACCAGUCUGUGCGCGCCGGAGGUGGGGCCUGACUCUCAUUGGCCCGCGUGGGCUCUGCGCGCGGGUUUCGUGGCCCUGCGGCUGCUGGCGCGAGUUUUCAGCGUCCGCGCCAUGGAGUCGGGCCUGGUGCGACGCUUUGCCCAGCGCCUGGGUGUCACCGAGCCCGACGUGUUGAGGAAAGCAGAGGAGUACUUGCGACUGUCCCAGGUGAAGUGUAUUGGCCUGUCCGCACAUACCACAGAGACCAGCAAUGCAGUCAUGUGCCUGGACCUUGCAGCUUCCUGUAUGACAUGCCCCUUGGACAGGGCUUAUUUAAUUAAACUUUCUGGUUUGAACAAGAAGGUGUAUCAGAGCUGCCUUAAAUCGUUUGAGUGUUUACUGGGCCUGAAUUCAAAUAUAGGAAUAAGAGACCUAGCUGUACAGUUUGGCUGUACAGAAGCAGUGAACAUGGCUUCAAAGAUACUGGAAAGCUAUGAGUCCAGUCUUCCAAAGACACAGAAAGUAGAACUUGACUUAUCCAGGCCCCUUUUCACCACUGCUGCAUUACUUUCAGCAUGCAGGAUUCUAAAGCUGAAAGUGGAUAAAAAUAAAAUGGUAAUCACAUCGGGUGUAAAAAAAGCCAUCUUUGAUCGACUCUGUAAACAAUUAGAGAAGAUUGGACAGCAGAUCGAUGGACAGCCUAGAGAUUUAGCUACUCCGGCCCCCAAAAAAAAGAAGACAGUGGUUGAACCCACCACAAAGGAAAUAGAGAAGGUAGUAGAGAUCCCACAUAAACUACAGAAAGAUGAAGAUCUGACACAGGAUUAUGAAGAGUGGAAAAGGAAAAUUUUGGAAAAUGCUGCUAAAGCACAAAAGGCUACAGCAGAGUAAUUUCAGUUUCCAGGCUGGCAUAUGCUGCAAACCAACACUACAUCUGCCACCACCAGGAAGACUUGAGGGCUUGGAAAUUUUAUUUGGACUUUUAUAAGAAGGAUCUUAAGACUAUAUUGCCUUAACAGCAAAGAAGCCAGCACUGGGGCUGAGUACCUGGGCAGCAUGCUGGCACCUGACAUGGGCAACAAAUUCAUUAGCUCAACCGCAGUGCCUGAUUCGUGUAGCCUUGGCUCACCAUAGGUCUGUGCUCUCCUACAAAAUGGAAGUGGAACUAUUUUGGUUUUGUAUUACGGGUUUUGUUUUUUAAGCAAAAGCAGUUUUUAAGAAAAUUCAGGCUGUAUGGAGUCUUACAGAUUUUACUUAAGUUUUUGUAUAAUUUUCUUGGUUUGACUGAAUCAAUAUACGGUAUAGCCUAAGUUAAUAAAUGUUGUUUUCAAAUGCAUUUAAAUUGCAAUUGCCUUCAGUUUGGGGAAAUCUUUGUCAUGCCAAAAGCUAGGUCUAUUCUAGCAGAAGAAAAGUGCAGGUUGCUAUACACUGAGCCACACUGCAUACCACAGCACAAACUCUCAAAUCAUACUUUCUGGGUUUAAAAUUCUGCUCAUCCACCACCUGUGAAACCUUGAGUAAGUACAUUAACUUUUUUAUGCCUCAUCUACAUGAGUACCUACUCAUGUACUGAGUACAUGUUUUCAUACUGAAAACAGUACCUCAUAGAGUCAUUUGGAGGAGUAUCUGAGAUAAUAUACAUAAAGCAUUUAGCACUACACCUGGUAGAAGUAAGUACUCAGUAAAUAUUAGAAUAGAAAGAGAUUCACAUAUAAAGAGGAAUCAUAUAAUGAAUAAUACAUAAGCAUCAUAUUAUAAGAUCAAGAAAUAGACCAAGUCUUAUUUUUCUUUGGUAACUACUUAUAUGCAAACUGAAAAGUGUAAUCUUAUUAAAUACUAUUUAUUUUUAAAUUAUGGGGGAAGACCUUCAUGGAAAGAAGUUGCUAGGGACCGUGAGGCAUCAUGAUGUUAACUAAAAUUAAGAAUACAUAUCUAAUUAAAUAUUUCCAUGAAGAAUGCAAUAAAGUGAUUAUAUCCAAAUUUUUAAAAAUCUGUUGAGAAUUAUAAUGGUAAUAAUGGCUGCCUUUUGUCUGCUAUAAAGAAGGCACACUUGGGAAGACUGUUGCUGCAAAGGAGAGGCUAGGCCUACCCCUAUAAUUGUGCCUAAGAGCCUCCUCCCGAAUGCCUCUGUUGCUCAGAUGUGGCCCUCUCUCUCUAGC